AUGGCAACAUUGUCCCGAAGAGCUGUGCGAAAGCAGCUGCUGAACUCAUUGUGCCGUCUGUACUCAACGCAUGUCCCCUCACCUGCGGCACAUCUUAAUUUGCCGAUCAAUUAUGGCACAACCCCCCUCCUUCACCAUUCUCCGUCCACAAUAUCCUCCUCUGUAGAACUACCAAAGAGCGGAGCGACGAAACGAAUAAACCUGUACCAGUCUAUCAAUUCAGCCCUCCGGACUGCUCUUUCAACGUCAGAUCAGGUCCUCUUGUUUGGGGAAGAUGUCGCCUUUGGAGGAGUGUUCCGCUGCUCUGUGGAUCUACAAACUGAGUUUGGGUCGGAAAGGGUAUUCAACACUCCUUUGACAGAGCAAGGAAUUGUAGGGUUUGCAAUUGGCGCUGCUGCUGAAGGGAUGAAGCCAGUGGCAGAGAUUCAGUUUGCGGACUAUGUGUAUCCUGCAUUUGACCAACUCGUCAACGAGGCUGCAAAAUUUCGAUACAGAGAGGGAGCGACGGGAAGCCAUGUUGGAGGCCUCGUGGUGCGAAUGCCCUGCGGAGGUGUAGGGCAUGGUGCCUUGUACCACUCUCAAUCUCCAGAAUCACUUUUCACCCACAUCCCAGGACUACGAGUUAUCAUUCCUCGAUCGCCCACUCAAGCGAAGGGACUUUUGUUAUCUUCCAUUCUCGAAUGCAAUGACCCUGUAGUAUUCAUGGAACCUAAGAUCCUCUAUCGUGCAGCAGUGGAACAUGUCCCGACCGAAGCAUACACUCUCCCUCUUGACAAAGCAGACGUAAUCAAGCCGGGGAAAGAUUUGACUGUCAUAUCAUAUGGUCAACCACUUUAUCUCUGCUCGGCAGCAAUUGAGGCGGCUGAAAAAGCUUUCAAAGGCGUCAGCAUCGAACUGAUUGACCUCCGCACCCUCUAUCCUUGGGACCGGUCGACAAUCCUAGAGAGUGUCCGGAAAACUGGAAGGGCAAUUGUUGUCCAUGAAAGUAUGUUGAAUGCUGGUAUUGGUGCAGAAGUGGCUGCCACCAUUCAGGAAGGCGCUUUUUUGAGCCUGGAGGCCCCUGUAAAACGUGUUACUGGUUGGGAUAUCCACCCUGGCUUGAUCUACGAGCGGUUCAAUAUGCCUGACGUUGCGAGAAUCUUCGACGCGAUUAAAACGUCUCUUGAGUACUAA